AUGGCACCAACCACACGUUCGAAAACCACAAAGACCCCUGUCAGCAAGGCCAGUACAGCCAAGUCUUCCAAAACGGUGAACAAGGCUGCAGAGGCUUAUGCCGCAAAAGCAAAGAAAGCCGCGUCCACCUUGGAGGGCGAGCUUGAGGGGACCUCGGACGGCUUGCAGAAAGCCGUCUGGGCCCUGAAGGCACGUGCAGACGCGCUCGAGGCCGAGUUGAGUGCGGUAAAACAAGAGCCUGGAGAGGCCAUGCCGGUUGAUGAAGACCCCGAAUGGGAAGAAGAUGGGCCGAGUGAAGCAGAAGACGAAGCUCUCUUCGUCUCGCGAACGGCUGUGCCUAUCAUCGUCACAGACGAUCCGCUUAAGGAUCCCGGAUUCAAUCGAUACCAUAAUGUCGUUGGCCGCGGACCACCUAACGCCGAGAAGCUAGAGCUCGUGCCGUCUUACGGGGUCUCUGGCCAGAAGUGUCUCAACGACGAAAGGCGCGAUCCGAACCAGAUACGCUCCGAAAGGCAGAACGGAAGACUCAGAAUCGCCAUUCAGGGUGUUGCGUGGGUCAGUCCGGAGGGCCAUCAGGACCCGAUCAGGCUGCUGGAUCCCAACUAUCUGGAGGCGACGACGAAAGACGACGCGCACUCCGAUGGAAAGGGUGCGGGGAGAAAGGAGCGAAGGAAACCCCUCCCACAUACCGUAGUCAAGGUAAAGUGGUUGGAUGGAAACAACCAGAAAACCUUCGAGACGCGGUCCACAGUCAGGUCGGUCUUCGGCAUGAAGCCCGUGGCCGCCGUCCGAGACUAUAUGAUCGGGGACCGAGUCAUUCUCGCAAAGGGCACGGUCAUGCCAGCCGCCGAUCUGGCCAUCUUCUCAGCUGCCAUCAUCUCUUGGGACCGUCAUGAAGAGUGGAAGAGGGGUGAUCGUAAGAGAGAAGAGCGCAGCCCCACGCCUCACGAUCCGCUGGAGGUGACAAAGACCAAGCGUGAGGCGAAAAAAACGGCUAAGUGA